CACCACACGGCGGCAGCUAUAAACCUCCCCGUCAUCCGGACCCCAUCGCCGGCGAGCACACACCGCCGCCGCACACACCCACCCACCCAGAGAGUCCUCUAGCUGCUAGCUCUUCCUUCGACAGACUCGGAACCCCCGCCCUCCAUGGACGUCCGGCGCAGGCCAGCGGCCGCCGAGGAGCCGAAGAGGCCGCGGCCGGCAGCGGCGGCGCCGGGGGACCUGGUCCUCCGGCCUCCGAACCUGGGCGUGGUCCUCGCGGCGAUGGCGCUCUUCCUUGCGCCCUUCUCGUACCUGGCCUUCGUGCACUACCCCCUGGACGCCGAUCUGCGGCGAUCCAUCCUAAUCUGCGGGGCCAUUAGCCUCGGUGGCUUCUUCGUCGUUCUCCGCCUCAUCCCUGUCGCCGCCCGCUACCUCCUCCGCCGAGGGAUGUUCGGCAAGGACAUCAACAAGAAGGGCUUGCCCAUGGGCGAGAUCACAGUGCCUGAGUCACUAGGCAUUGUUGUUGGGAUUGUCUACUUGGUCAUUGCUAUUCUGUUUCAACAUUUCAACUUCACAGCGGAUUCCAUUUGGCUUGUUGAAUAUAAUGCAGCAUUAGCAUCAGUCUGCUUUAUGAUUCUUCUUGGAUUUAUCGACGAUGUUCUUGAUAUUCCAUGGAGAGUGAAACUGCUGCUGCCUACAAUUGCAGCACUUCCUCUGUUGAUGGCAUAUGCUGGUGGUACUUCCAUCAUCAUUCCAAAGCCUCUGGCCUCCUAUGUCGGGGUAGCAGUUCUGGAGUUAGGUUGGGUGUACAAGCUCUUCAUGCUCUUGUUAGCAGUUUUUUGUACAAAUUCAAUCAAUAUACAUGCGGGUCUGAAUGGUCUUGAAGUUGGUCAGACUGUUGUCAUAUCUGCUGCGGUUUUGAUACAUAAUGUAAUGCGCAUAGGAUCUUCUAAAGACCUUGAAACUCAGCAGGCUCAUGCAUUCUCUAUUUAUCUUCUCCUGCCUUUCCUUACCACUUCCCUAGCUUUGCUAGGCUUUAACUGGUAUCCUUCAUCUGUUUUUGUUGGUGACACCUACACCUAUUUCGCUGGGAUGACUUUAGCUGUGGUGGGUAUUUUGGGGCACUUCAGUGAGACAUUAUUGCUCUUCUUUUUACCUCAGGUUCUCAAUUUCUUGUGCUCAGUCCCACAGCUCUUCCACUUUGUUCCUUGCCCAAGACAUAGGUUGCCAAGGUUUGAUACUCGAACAGGACUGCUGACUGGUACCAAAGAUGGUAACCUUGUUAACAUAUUCCUUAGGAUGUUUGGAAAGUGCUCAGAGAAGUCCCUUUGCAUAAGGCUCCUUGUAUUUCAGGCCCUGUCAUGCCUAUUCUGCUUUUGGCUCAGAUACGUGCUCACUGGAUGGUACAAAUGACCACCCAAAACAAACACUUCACCUCCUUGGUUUCUGUGACACAAAUCGAAAUCUGUUUACCACUGAUGGCUGUUUGUUUCUCUGUCAGCACUGUAUUACUAACAGCAACCCAAAGCUUAGUAUCUAGUUUGCCUCUAGCAUUUGAUUUUGGACCACCAUUUUUUGGGUGCUAACAACAGAAGAUUUCAGUAUGAAGCUUUGCUCCUUUUUUUUUCUUUGGCUACUAGAGCUCUAUAGAUUUGUGAUCUGAUAUACAUUUGUACAAUGACUCUCCAUGGAAGUUUGCUUGCAUUAGCUCUGGGAAGGAUUAUGCCAGAAGAUGAGCAAUGUGUUAUUGCUGUAAGCUGAAGUGGAAAAAUCUAAAUAUGUCCGUUACACUUCUGCACUCCUGAUAUGUAAAAACCAUGCGGUCUCUUACGGAUGAUUUUUUUUAACA